GCAUUGAUCUAGAGAACAUUGUUUACUACAAAGAUGAUACCCACUAUUUUGUCAUGACUGCCAAAAAACAGAGCUUGCUGGACAAAGGAGUCAUAUUACACGAUUAUGCAGACACAGAACUGUUACUGUCACGGGAGAAUGUGGACCAAGAGGCUCUGCUCAGCUACGCCAGGGAAGCUGCUGACUUCUCAACGAAUCAGCAGCUGCCAUCGCUGAACUUUGCCAUCAACCACUACGGACAGCCCGAUGUGGCAAUGUUUGACUUCACGUGCAUGUAUGCCUCAGAGAAUGCAGCCAUGGUCCGAGAAUUGAAUGGCCACCCGUUGCUGGUGGCAUUGGUUGGGGACAGCUUGUUAGAGCCAUUUUGGCCAAUGGGAACUGGAAUAGCCAGAGGCUUUCUUGCUGCCAUGGACUCUGCAUGGAUGGUACGAAGCUGGUCAUUAGGAACAGGUCCUUUGGAGGUCCUUGCAGAAAGAGAGAGCAUCUAUAGGUUGUUGCCUCAAACUACGCCAGAAAAUGUCAGCAAGAACUUCAGCCAAUACAGCAUUGAUCCUGUCACUCGAUACCCCAACAUCAAUAUCAAUUUCCUAAGGCCAAGCCAGGUACGUCACUUGUACGACACAGGAGAUCUGAAGGAUAUUCAUCUGGAGAUAGAAAAUUUGGUGAAUUCCAGGACACCAAAGUUAUCGCGGAAUGAGUCUGUGGCCCGUUCUAGCAAACUUCUGGGCUGGUGUCAGAGGCAGACAGACGGCUAUGCUGGUGUGAACAUAACAGAUCUUACAACGUCAUGGAAGAGUGGCCUUGCACUGUGUGCUAUUAUUCAUCGAUUUCGUCCAGACUUGAUAGAUUUUGAUUCUGUAGAUGAAUACAACAUCGAGAAGAAUAAUCAGCUAGCAUUUGACAUUGCUGAGAAAGAGCUUGGAAUUUCUCCCAUCAUGACUGGCAGAGAUAUGGCAUCAGUUAGUGAACCAGACAAGUUGUCUAUGGUCAUGUAUCUCACCCAAUUUUAUGAGAUGUUCAAGGACUCUCUUCCUUCCAAUGAUAAUCUGGAACUGAAUGCAGAAGAAAAAGCUGCUUUAAUCACUAACACUAAAUCACCAAUUUCCUUCCUAAGCAAGUUGGGACAGACUAUUUCACGGAAACGGACCCCAAAGGAUAAAAAGGAGAAAGAUCUGGAUGGCUCAGGAAAAAGGAGGAAAACCAGCCAGUCAGAAGACGAGGACACUUCCAGAAGCUGUCGUGAAGACAGGCCCACCCUUGUAAGUGCCCUGACCGAGAGAAGGAUUGAUGCCGCCAUCGGGAACCAGAAUAAAGUGAAGUCUAUGGCAACACAGCUGCUAGCCAAAUUUGAGGAGAACGCUCCUGUACAGUCCACGGGUCUCCGGAGACAGCCUUAUCAAGACCGUGCUCUCAGCCAUCCUGCCUAUCGACAGCGAGAGCAGGGCCGCCAUGCCCCAAUACCUCAGUGGAAACAGGGUUCAUUAAAAAAAGAAUUCCCCCCCAAUGUUGGAGGCAGUGAUGUCUGCUACUUCUGCCACAAGCGGGUUUAUGUGAUGGAGAGGCUCAGCGCUGAGGGCAAAUUCUUCCAUCGCAGCUGCUUUAAAUGUGAAUACUGCGCCACCACUCUACGCUUGUCCUCCUAUGCCUACGAUUUGGUGGACGGAAAAUUCUACUGCAAACCUCACUACUGUUACAGACUUUCAGGUUAUGCCCAGAGGAAGAGGCCAGCAGUGGGUCCAUUGUCAGGAAAGGACAACAAAGGGACUGUACAGGACAACAUGGCGGCUGAUGGUGCAGGGCGUGCCAAUUCCAUCUCAGCCUCUUCAGAGAAGACCCCAGCUCCCAACAUAAAUGGCGUAGAGGAACCGAGCCUUGCUAAGAGACUGCGUGGCACACCAGAACGGAUUGAGUUGGAGAACUAUCGGCUCACGUUACAACGGGAAGAAGACUUGGAGGAAGUGCCAGAGGAGACAUUGGCAGAGCACAACCUCAGUAGCGUGCUAGACAAAGGAACAGAAGAGGAUCUACCCAGCAGUAGCUCAGAAUCUGAGAUAGAGGAGGAGGAGGAGGAAGAGGAAGAGGAGGAGGAGGCAGCAGAGCAGCCCAAGCAACCGACCUCCGAUCUGGGUGGCGUGCCAUGGAAAGAGGCUGUGCGAAUACAUGCCAUGUUGAAAGGGAAGAGUGAGGAGGAGCUGAAGAUUGAGAAAAACCAUGAUCAUGAAAACCAGGAGGAGGUAGAAGAAGAGGAGGAGGAGCUAGAGGAGGAGGAAGAAGAGGAGGAGGAGGAGGAGGAAGAAGAAGUCUCUAGCGAAGCUGGAAACCUGAGGCUGCAGCAGAUAGUAAAUCCAAUUGAUCCCCUGGAAAUCUUGGCUGAUGUGCAUUGGACACACAUCCAUCAGAAGGAGGAGGAGGAAAAAGUGGGUCCCACUUCUAAGUCCUCCACCUCAAGAGCUCUGUGUGAAGAGAAUGAUGAUGAAGAUGAAGUGGGUUCUGAGCCUGCAGAAGCGAUUGAAGAUGGAGACACUGGGGCAGAGUUGGAUGAUGAUGACAUCCCUUCUGAUGCAGAGGCAGAGUGUCGCAUCCAUCAAGAAGAAAAAGAAAAAGGAGAAAAAGAAGAACUGAAAGUCUCUGAGCUCAAGGAAGCAGAAACAGCCACCCCUUUCAUUAUGGCGGAAGGUACUAAACUUUUCAGCACUGCAGAGCACACUGGAUUGGCUAAGAACCUGUAGGCCAAAUUACACAGUUUUUCCUGUUUUUUAAUUUAGAAUAAGUCAAAGAACGAUUCCCAUUAACGGUGUUUUCA